ACGACGGCUUCAGCUCCGACCAUAUCCGAGCAUUAGCGAGUCCCCAGCGUUACACAAAACCCGCACCCAUGGCUCUCCUUCGCAGUAUCUCUCGUUCCCUUCCUCUCCUGGCCGGGAGGGCUGUCAGCGUCACGUCAUCGGCCAAAUAUCACGAGAAGGUCAUUGACCACUACGAAAAUCCACGCAAUGUUGGAUCCCUUGAUAAGAAUGACUCCACCGUCGGCACUGGUCUCGUAGGAGCACCUGCCUGUGGGGACGUGAUGAAGCUGCAGGUGAAAGUGGAUGAAAAUGGGAAGAUCAUUGACGCCAAAUUCAAGACAUUCGGGUGCGGUUCUGCCAUCGCAUCGUCCUCGCUGGCAACAGAAUGGGUAAAGGGAAAAACUAUGGAUGAAGCUCUUAAGAUAAAAAACGUUGACAUUGCAAAGGAACUGAAACUCCCUCCUGUCAAGCUACAUUGUUCUAUGCUUGCUGAAGAUGCCAUAAAAGCUGCUCUGAGUGACUACAAGAUUAAGCAGUCAACUAAAGAGAAGGUUGCUAAGAAAAAUGUGCAAUAGAACCAUAUUGAAAAAUGUUAGGCAUUGAACAAAGUCAUUGAUGAAGUGUUAGGCAUGACCUUGCAUUUUCAUGAACUUCGUUCCACUGAUAAAUAAUUUUCCGAAUAUUUUUCCUACCAAUGUCGUUUCGUGCUUUGAUCUUAAGUUCGUGAAAAAUGGUCUGACUCACUAAAUAAUGCUCUCUCUUUUUCUUUUCUGUGUACUCUUCACAAGAUACACUUUUCACACGUGCCUCAUUAAAUAGUUGUUUACUUUCGUUUUGUCCUUUGAAUAUAAAGCUGGAAAUUUGAUUCUGAAAGGUUUAGAAGAGGGAGAACACCGAUUCUCUUAACUGUUAUAAUUCUUGCUAUGUGUAUUGGUAAUGAAAUUCAAUUCUUAGCAAGAAAUUAGUUGAUUCCUCAUUGAUAAUAAAGCAUGAAUAUUUUCUUUUUAUUUAUCUCUGAGGAUAUGGAAAUAAGGUGAUACUCAGAAGCAUUAUAGAAACCGACUUUUCAGGGACACUCGUGUUAUUUCUCUCGAACUUGUUGAUAAGUUGCUCCACUACUGGUAUUUGUAUUAGCCUACUUUCACGAUGGUUCUGGUAACCCAUCUACCCUUCUUAAAGGGAAAAAAAUAAAAUGUAUAUGGAAAUUGUCACAUGUUUUGUAUAUUGAAACAUGGCCUCAUAACCUACCUAAUUAUACAGUAAGCUAAAAGAUGCUUUUAUCUGAUAUUUUUUAUUGAUGAAAUCUGAAAGGUUCAUGCUAUGAACAUUAUGGUGUAUAUAAUGUAGCAAAAAUAAAAUGUAUAAAAGGAG